CCACACUAAAGAGGGCCUUGCUUUCAACUCUCCUCUAUGUACUAAUUUUCUGCCUAGCUAGAUAGCUCGCUUUUCUUCUUCCUCUUCCAAACAUGGUACUGCUAGAAAAUGGCAUCAUCUCAACUGCCAUGAACUCAAAAAUCAUUGGCUCGGGCAGUGAAGUCAUAGUUCUAGCACAUGGGUAUGGAGGAGACCAGUCUGUCUGGGACAAAAUCCUGCCCUCCUUGGCUCAACAUUGCCGUGUUCUUGUCUUCGACUGGACCUUUUCUGGUGCUGUCGAAGAUCCGAACCUCUACGAUCCUGUCAAGUACUCUUCGUACGAUGCUUUUGCCGAUGACUUGAUUUCUCUCCUGGAUGAGAUGAACCUUCAAUCCUUGGUUUUCAUCGGGCAUUCCAUGUCUGGCAUGAUUGGAUGCAUCGCUUCCAUCAAAAGACCUGAGCUCUUUAAGAGGCUCGUACUCAUUGUAUCUUCUCCAAGGUACAUAAACAUGGACGAUUACGAAGGCGGAUUUGGGAACUCGGACAUUGAUCAGAUCAUCUCAAACAUUGAAUCCAAUUAUCAAAACUGGACCUCAGCCUUUGCUUCUCUUGUAGUCGACGCAAAAGAUCCCCUCUCGGUUGAUAAGUUUGCAAAAUGCUUGAAAAGAAUGAGACCCGAAGUGGCACUUCCCUUAGCCAAGAUUGUAUUUCAAAGCGAUGAACGAGAGGUUCUUGAAAAGGUGAUUACACCAUGCACAAUCAUCCAGACCACCAAUGAUUGUGUCGUCCCAAAUUCAGUGGCACUCUACAUGCAGAAGAAAAUCAAGGGAAAAUCGACUGUGGAGAUGAUAGAGGGUGAUGGGCAUUUUCCACAGCUAACUGCUCACCUCCAGCUCCUUGAGGUGCUAGGGCGUGUCCUGGGUUUUGAUCUUAGUCGUGAUUAAUUAAUUAAGAAAAAAUAUAUAAUAAGAUAAUAUCAUGGGAAUUGUUAUUUUAUUAAUGUUUUGUGCUUAUAAUUAAUGUUGUCCUGAAAUUGUUAGUAUGGUGCUUGUAAACGAAUUGGUGGAAAUAAAUUGCUAGUCUUUGCCGUGUCAA